CAAAACUCUGUAUAAAAGGGUCGUCUUUGCACCCCAAGAGGACCGGCUGGUUGACUUGCUGCCAUGAUGCACGCCCUGCUCAAACUUCUGCUCCUUCACGUUCUGACAUGUCUCGGACGAAAUGCCCUUGGAGCUAAAAUCAUAAAUGGGAUAAAAGUCCCGGAGAACGCGAUGCCGUAUAUGGUCUCGUUGCAGAGUGCCACUGGUGAUCAUCUCUGUGGAGGAUUCCUCAUCAGAGAAGAUUUUGUGCUCACUGCUGCGCACUGUGACAAAGGGAAACAUGAACGAGUAGUUCUUGGUACCAAUGAUCUCAAGAGGGCUGAUCCUGAAAAAAUAAGAUUCAUUGAGAAGAAAUACACACACCCAGAUUAUAAGAGUUUGGAACUUGGGAAGGAUAUCAUGCUAAUUAAACUGUCACAAAAAGCUCCAAUAAGCAACAGCGUACAAACAAUUCGACUUCCCAGCUCACCGAGGAACCUAGGAGAAAAUGAAAAGUGCCUCGUGGCUGGAUGGGGUAAGACUUACACUCGUGGUCAAGUUGUUCAUGAGCUGAGAGAGGUGAACGUGUCCGUCAUCAACCAGACAGUCUGUGUGGAGAAAUGGAAGGAUUUUCCUCUUCCUGAGAAAGUCAUCUGUGCCGGUGGAUAUAACACCAACUAUGGAUUCUGUCAGGGUGAUUCUGGUGGUCCUUUGGUGUGCAACGGAGAGCCUGUCGGUAUCGUGUCUUACAACUCGGGCGCUAACUGUAACUACAGCAGUAACAGCCCAAACAAACCCAACGUCUACACAGAUGUCUCACAAUACCUUCCCUGGAUCAAUGACACCCUCAGUGGUGAAUGAAAAUCUUGCAGGAUGGAGGUUUUGUUGUGUAACAGAUUGCUCUGUCUGUGUGACUUCAACUUAAAAUAAAGGCUUAUUUCAAAUGCAAUGUUUAUUUCCUUCUAUCACAACCUAAUCAGAAGACAUAAUAUAAGAAUAAUAAGAUUAAUAAAUGAUAAUAAUAGAAUAAGAUUAAAAAGUUUGAAUUAUGCAGAGAAACUCAGUUGUGUGUAAGAACAAAUUUCAUCAAAGUUUGCAGAAUAUUUCUCUAGAAUAACACAUCUUAAGAAAUCUUUCAACACAAACAUGUGGUAACACGCUGAAAAGAGGAAAGUGAAAGACCAUAAUUUUGUAAUAAUUUUCUCUUUGUGGGUAAGGAUGGAUAUAUUACAUACAUACAUUAUCUUGUGGUCUGAUGAGCAUUUAAAAAGAUGGCUUCAAAGAUCAGUUAACCUGAUGUAAUUACAGCUUUAAUG